AUGCAUCAGGCUUUACUUGUUCCCGAAGUCCUCCUAGAGAUAUUCGCCUAUGUGAAUACAAUACCAUCUACUCAAACAACAUCGACUUCGAAAUCACUUGCAGCGCUUGCAAGGACAUGCAAAAUCUUCCAUGAGCCUGCGAUGGAUUUACUGUGGACCGAAAUCCAUGGGGGUACAAGGUGGGACGAGCCCUGGGCGAAAGGUGUCGAGCCAUUAUCUGCUCAUGAGGCCCGUCAAUUUUUGCGUCACUCCUCCCGUAUACGCACAUUGAACAUAAAAAGGACCCAUCCUCAACUUAUCUCUGUCAUUCCCGCCGAGGCAUGCGUGUUUCCGAGGCUGAGGUCGUUAAGUCUUUCCAUCGCAUAUUUGAACCUCUUUCUGCCUCAGACGCUGCACCAAUGUUAUCUAUUGACCGUCGACGAGGGUCCGCAAUCCUUUGUGACACAUUGGAUUGCUUUGGAGCAUUUGUACAUCUCCACUGACACACUCUAUUGUGACAACAUAAGUCAGCUGUCCCUGCUAUCCGAUAGGAUUCGUUGGUGCACGCGGCUUGUCACUCUUGCUUGUCCAAUGCUCGACUGGGCAACAUGGAAGCACCUCUCCUGCCUCCCUACUCUUCUCAAUUUGGAAGUUGAUCAAGGGUAUGAUAGUCGUCCUUCGCUGUCAAAACAAGAUAUCGUGAAUUUAUCACCAUUCCUUAACAUCACAACUCUUUCCUUUCGACGGCUGUACGGUGCCACAGACAUCAUCACAGUCAUACAACACUCGCAGUUUCCCUCGCUGAAAGAGUUCGAGUUUGAAGCCAGCCAUCUCUCUUUAGAAGAGGCCGAGCAACUCUUUCAUGCUCUAUCCCACUGCAAAGCGUAUCGGACUCUACAAAAAAUCACCAUUUGUUCUUUUGAUGACAAAUUCGCGAGACCCUACAACGACGAGUCUUUGACACCAAUUCCGCAUUUCCUUUGCUUUACACAGCUCCGAACCUUGCAGCUCAUGUUUCGUUAUUCCUGCAUCUACCUAGACAAUGACAUGCUCUUGCAAGCUAUGUCUAGUUGGCCGCACAUCCAUACUCUGGAAAUCAACGACUCUGCUCUUUCUUCCAAAGUCACCCUCCAUGGAUUAUUCACAGCGCUCGGUCUAUGUCCACAAUUGCAUACACUACGAGUUUCAAUUAAUAUUCCAACUAUCGACGUUGAUCCUGAUGCUGAACCAAUACAACAUACCUCCCUACGAACAUUACAACUUUUGAAUACACCCGAGUCUCAAAUGGCAGAUGCUGAAACUCUCGCUCGCAUCAUUUCCGCCUGGCUCCCUUGUGUCGACCACAUAUAUGGCCCGGGUUUGAGUUGGGAUGAAGUCAACAUGCGUCUUGGAUCUUUGAGAGCGGCUGCUGCGUCGUAUGUCGUGAGAGCCUCCUAG